AUGGCACCGCGCUACGACUCCAUCGCCGUAAUCGGCACCGGUCCCUCCGGAAUAUCGACAGUAAAAGCCCUCGUCGACGAAAACACCUUCUCACGGAUCCGCGUCUUCGAGCGGCGCGACCGAGUCGGCGGGCUGUGGCAUUACGAUCCCAUCCCAGACGUCUUCCCAACCCCCGGGGCGGCAGAUAUCCGCAACGAAAUCCCCGACUCCCUGCCUACAUUCACGGCGCCUGUGCCGGAGGAUAAGACGGCUCGUACGGGCAUUCAUGAUGCGCUGGAUAGCAAUGUCGGUGAGCAUGCGAUGUCUUUUACACACACGCCGUUUCCGCUGGUGAAUUCUGCGGUCUCGACGAGACAGCUUGGAAGGGAGAAUCCGAGCAGGCCGUUUCGAGUUAUUACGGGGUAUCUGGAGGAUCUUGCGCGGCCGUAUCUGGACCUUAUCUCGUUUAGCACGGCUGUGGAGAGGGUUGAGAAGGUUGGUAGGAAGUGGAGGGUUACGCUGCGGCAGAAGGGCCAUCACCAGAGGAAUCAGCCCGUGGAGUACUGGUGGCAGGAGGAGUUUGAUGCGGUGGUUGUGGCGUCGGGGCACUAUAAUGUGCCUCUUAUCCCGGAGAUUGAAGGUCUGGAUGCUGCGUUUAAAGCAAGGCCAGCGAGUUUUGAACACUCGAAGAGCUUCCGGUCUGCGAAUGACUACGUGGAUAAAAAGGUUGUUGUAGUUGGAGGGAAUAUCUCUUCCGCAGACCUCGUUGCCGACUUGCACGCCAUUGUGAAGGGCGCGUUAUAUGUCUCGCAGCGCAAGGAGAAUGAGCUCCUGCACAAUGUCUUCUCCCUACCGGGGGUUGAGAAGAGGCCUGGGGUCACCCGGGUUGAUGCAGUGGCUGGAGGCGUCAAGGUCACCUUCAGCGAUGGAUCAUCCGUGCAGGACAUCGACAAGCUCAUCUUCGCAACAGGAUACCGGCUGGUCUACCCAUUCCUGGUCCCAGACCCUGUUACACCCAGUAACCGGGUUGCCGGGCUCUACCAGCACAUCUUCAAGAUUGGGGAUCCGUCUCUGGCCCUCGUCGGCCAGGUGCGUGGGGCUCUCAGCUUCCGGGUCUACGAGUACCAGGCUGUUGCAGUGGCACGAUACUUUGCGAAUACCAAUGCGAAGCCUCUCCCCAGUCCCCGAGAGCAGGAUGAAUGGGAGGUGGAACGGCUGAAGUAUAAAGGACCAACUGCUCUGUUCCAUGAGAUCAAGCCGGAUUUUAAGGAGUACUUUGAGUAUCUGCGGGAAUUCUCAGGGUCACCAGCACAGGGGACAAAAGGAUACGCAUUGCCUGUGUUUGAGGAUUCGUUGCCAGAGUUAGGGUUUGCGAUUCUGCAGUUGAAGGACAAGUAUUGGCAGAAGAUCAAGGCUGGCGGGGCAGUGCAGGCCAAGUUAUGA